GGCAACCCACUCGGAGCUCACAACUCAUCACAAAACACAAAAAGCAAACAACACAAAAGCAACGCAACAACUACUCGAAAAGCAAAGAACAAAACACAAUGGGCGUCCUUACCGUUUUCCUUGACAAAGCCACCAACCUUGCCGAUACUGACUUCAUUGGAAAGACUGAUCCCUAUGUAAUCUUUGAUCUGAAGCAAGACAAUUGGUUGCAAAACCGAGACUACGGAUACCAAAGGUCAUCUACCAAAUCCAAUGACUUGCACCCUGUCUAUGGGGAAACAUUUAUCUGGAAAAAUAUCGAAGACAUUGAAAAUUUGGUACUCAAGGUUAGGAUAAUGGAUGCAGACUUUGGCUCCCGCGACGACAAGGUGGGCAACUGCACCAUCCAACUAGACAAGUUGGGUUUGUCCAGCCGACCCAUGAAUGUUGAUCGUGUGGUUGACCGGAACAUUUUCACAGCCAACGGUAUGAUCCACCUCAGGGUGUCUUACGAUGCCUAGUAGCCGGUCGCUGUUUGAACCGAUGAAGAACUAGUUGGUCGCUCAAUGAAUGAACGUAAAGAUAGAAGAUAAAAAUAGUAGUAGAAAGAUACCAG